AUGUCAGAGGAGACUGAACCGUUGAGGAAAGAAAUUCUGUGCGAGGAGUUCGCCACCAUAAGGCUGAAGAAGCUGAAACAGCAGCGAAGGCUGUUAGAGGAGAAACAGCGACGAAAACGCCAAGAGCCCCAGAUGGUUCAGGCCAACCCUGAUGCUUUCCUGUUGCCCCAGGGAUAUGGGUGGAGGAAGGAGCGCCUCGUGGGUGACACUGGUCUCGCGAACCCUUUCCUCCAGGAGCACAAGCCACAGACCAGUGUGUGCUCUCGAGCCCUCAGCAGUACGACUACAGUGAGCUGCGGCGGAGAUGGGAGUGGCAAGCUCGCUACCCUUCUGUCACCGACAGAAGCCCCGGAAGAAGAGGGCGAUCUAGGUAGCAACGAUGUGGUCUCUAUCUGCCUGCUGCCCCCCGCCCCCUACCGUCUGCUGAGCAACGACUUUGAAGCCUAUGUGCUACGGCCAGCGAUGAAGGAGCAAAUAGUGCAGUGUCGCAUCUGCCGCGACAGGCGCGGCAUAGAUAAGGGCAUAUUCCCUUUCUACUACCUCUACCUGGAGGAUGCCAAUGGCGGUCAGCAAUUCCUCAUGGCAGGGCGGAAGAGGAAAGGAAGCAAAACUUCUAAUUAUGUAAUCUCCUUGGAUCCCAUGGACAUGUCUCGAUAUGGGAGCAAAGUGGUGGGAAAAGUCAGAUCUAAUGUGUUGGGCACCAAGUUCACCAUCUUCGACAAUGGGGUAAACCCCGAAAGGAAUUUCCACUCGGAGCCAGCUCGGAUAAGGGAAGAGUUGGGAGCUGUAUGUUAUGAAACCAAUGUGUUGGGAAUUAAAGGACCCCGGAAAAUGACAGUGAUCAUUCCAGCAAUUAAUGCCGAGAACCAGAGAGUCAGCAUACAGUCACAAAAUGGUUCUCUACUGGAUCAUCUCCAAAUGGGGGUCUACCAGAAACUAGUCCUGAUGCACAAUAAAGCCCCAUUUUGGAGCAAGGAGAGCGGCGCCUAUAUGCUCAAUUUUCAUGGUCGUGUUACUCGAGCUUCAGUCAAGAACUUCCAGAUAGUGCAUCCAGAUAACCCCAACCGCGUGGUGCUCCAGUUUGGCCGAGUGGCCCCAGACACGUUCACCAUGGACUUUGCUUUCCCACUUUGUCCGGUCCAGGCUUUUGCCAUCUGCUUGUCCAGUUUCGAUAGGAAACUGGCCUGUGAGUAA